AUGUCGCCGGCCGUCAUUCUGCCAGAGCCCAGCUUUGUCGUGGAGCCUUUCAACAAGGGCCCGAAGGAGCAGUACAAUUUCGGCGCUACCAUCACAGACAUCGAUCUCAACGAGAUUUCCGACGCCGACGUCAAGCACCUCAAGGAUGCCAUCUGGACGCACAAGGUGGUAGUCGUUAAGGGCCAGAAAGACCUUCUUCCCGCCAAGCAGUGGGAACUCGUUACUCGGUUCGAUCCAGAUGCCAAGCAAGUCCACAGCCAUGGAGACAUCAAGACAUUCCAGAAGAAGGGCGGCAUGCUCUCGCGCAAUCGCGAGGUUCACGGUAUCCCUGGCGCUGAGAACGUACGCUUGAUUGGUAAGGGCUACCAAGGCGAAGACCACUACGGUCUCAAGAACCUCACAGUCGGUGGUCUAUCCGCAGAUUUCCACGCUAAGGAGCUGCCACAAGAAGAAUUCCAAGCGGGCCAUACCCGCUUCCAGCGCUGGCACAUCGAUGCACCUUUGUACGACCGGAACCCUGCAUGGUUCACAACAUUGCGAGCCUGCAAGCAACCCAGUGGUGACGAUGUCACCAUUCACUGGGAUGACGACAGUGGAAUGAGCAUGAAGUCACGUCCUGGUCUCACAGCAUUCUUUUCCACCAGUCAACUGUACAGCAUGCUUAGCGAGGAGGAGCAGCAGAUGGCUGAUCAUUCGUGGGUUGAGUACUUUCCGCAUCCUUACAUGGCCAUCGAGAACUGCAAGGGCAACGCCAAUGGCCUCGGCCUUGCGAUCCAGGGCAGGGAGCACACUAUCGAAGAGAUUGGCGAGUUCGAGGAAGACAAGGUCAAGAGGUACCCGUUCGUCUGGGUCAACCCAGUGACAGGCGAGAAAGCCUUUCAAGUCCACGGCAUCUGCGCACGGAGACUGUACAUCCGAUCCGGUCCGGACGAGGAGCCACGAGUGAUCGAGGACAUCCCAGAGAUCCGCAAAUUCCUACACAAUAUCCAGUACCGCAUUUUGAAGCCCGAGUACAUCAGCUUGCCUCUUGUGGGGGAAGGCGAUAUCGUGAUGUGGGAUAAUUACGGCGUUUUCCACAGCGCAGUUGACUACUACCUUCCUACAGGCGGCCCACGAAGCAUGCAUCAGGCGAACAUUGGUGCAAGCGUGGGCCCGAUCGGUCCAGUUCCGAUUCCAGCAUAUUAG